AUGUCAGGCACCCUGCAGACAUUGAGCUCAUCGUAUCACGUUGUCUCCCUUGCCUACGACUUGGUUUGUCUUGUCAAAAAAGUCGUGCACGCAAAACCUGAAGCUCAGAGAUGGUUGGAUCAGUGCAAAGACCUCGAAAAGCUCGCAAUCGGGGUACGUCGUGAGCUCAAGGCCCGAGCCAAAGAGCAUCAGCAUGGACGUGAAACAAGCAAACACGACUUGGCAGUUGAAAAAGUUCUCCGAAGCUCAAUUCGCCGAUGCAAAAUCAGUCUUGAAUCCAUGAUCGAACAACUGCAACCUUUGAACGAGGUAAGGGAGGAAAAACUGCUCAAGAGCCUUCCAGAUCGUGUCAAGUUCGUGUUCGAAGAGGAUUUCAUCAACUCUCAGCAAAACCUUAUCGAUCGGCAAAUUCGUAACAUUUCUUUAGCAUUUCACUUACUUGCUUCUUCAGAAAGACGUGCUGAUAGAGCUGAGAGACAAAUUGAUAGCGCACGAGUACAGCGCGUGGAGCAGUUGUUGGAACAACUUCUCAGUCAACGCUUGGAAAGGACUAGUACAGAACCUGGUUUCGGUAAGGACGCCACCUUGACCGAGCGUGCCAUUGAUGCCCAGGAAGUCACAGCGGGACCUUCCGGGACAGGUCAGACACAUGCUCAGGCAGUCGAUGCGGAUGCGGGACACGCGUCAGAGGAGGGAGUCGUGGAUGCAUCCUCAAUCGACCUUGAUGAUAGUGACUCAGACCUUGCCGAUUCGGACUCACGAAACAUCUCGCGUGAAAGCAUACUCGACGUAGCAAGAAGUCCUCUUCUCGAAGCCAUCAAGUUAAAGGAUGUGGAUACAGCGAAGGCCUUGCUAGCUGUCAUGGAGGACGAUGAGCUUCGUAUCUACGAUGAAGAUGGGUGGACCUUACUGCACCAUGCCGUCCUGGCACAUCCCAAGAUUAUGUAUGCGUUGCUCAAGAGGAGCACUGUGCAGGCUAGUGAAUACACCAACACCCAGAACGAUCAAGGUCAAACCGUUCUCAUGGACGCUGCCAAGCAGGCAGAUAGUGCACAAGGCUGCGAGAUGGUCAAACUACUGCUCGAAUAUCAGUGUGAUGUCAACGUUCAAGAUGGCAUCAAGCGGACUGCGCUCCAUUUUGCAAUCAACCGUCCGCCAGAUCCCGAAGGCAACAGUGAGAAAGUGAUUGACAUGCUUCUGGACAAGGGUGCCAACGCCAAACUCAUUCUCGAGAGUGGAGCGGAGGAUCGACUUAAGCAUUAUCCGGCACUCAAAACACAUGUGGAGGAGUCAGAGCAACCUUCUAGUAGCAAGCCGCGACGCUUUAGCAUCAAUCGAAGAUUAUGA